GCCAUUUUCUAAAAUGCAAAUUUUAUAAACCUCAAAAGAGUGCAAGUUUGUUUACAAAUUUGAAAAUGACAACGACACUUCAAAUUAUUGCAAACAAUUAAUAGAAAAGUCAAUAAGUUAUAAGCAGUUCAUUUAUGGAUUAAAUAAGGAACAUCUUUAUUAUCUACAUGUAUAAGUUAAUAAUGGACUACUUUAUUGAUAUGGGAUAAGCUGUCAUAGAAUGGAUCCUAAUCAGCAGAAUAAUGCACAAGGGAUCCAGCACAAUGUUCCCGGUCUGCCAGAUAUAGGAUACCAGUUUCCAAGGAUACCACAAAUGCAAAACAUACUUGGACCUCCUAUGAAUACAUUUAUGCCUGGCUACAAUGUGAUGCCACAGGGACAGGGAACAAUGAUGACUAAUAUACAAUCUGGUAUCCCAGUCAGUGGCUUUCUAUCACUAGGAAACUCAAAUGCAUCUGCCCCUCUACCUUCCAUGGGAUCUUUUAUUGCAAAUCUAAAUCAACCAUCACAAGUGGGGUUGGUUCAGAAUGUUAACAAAGGAGGAAUGGAAAAUUGGACAGGAACACAGCAAAAUAAUAAUUCACUGCCAAGCUUUGGUCAUUUCUUACUACCCCAGCAGUACCAACAACAACAAGCAACCAAUCAACAGGCUUUAAUAGGAACUUCAUCUCAGAUAAUUCCUGGCAACCAAACAUCACCACAGCAACAAGUUUUCUCUCCAAGCCAACAUUCCCCUCAAUUCUUUCAAACACAACAGCAGUCACCACAACAACAGAUGUUUACUACAAAUCAAAAUUCUCCACAACAGGUGUUCAUCAAUAAUCAACCAUCAGCUCAGUUUUUCACACAUCCUCAGCACUCACAACAGUUCUUUAAUCAAGCCAUUCAACAACAACAAGUUUUUAGUGGACAAGGGCCUUCACACCAGUUGUUUACAAACAUGUCGAAUACACAACAACCACCACAACAAAUGUUCAGUACUUGUCAAAUUCCAAACCGACUUCCUUCAGGACAUGUUAUAGGACAAGAAGUAAUGCCCCAGGUGAUGGCUGCUCCUCGUAUGAAUCUAAAUACUAAUUACAUUGCCGGAGUAAGCAAUGUUCUGGGAGUAACAGCUAAUCAGAUGCUACCACCAAUUAAUCACAUAAUGACAUCAUCGGGGAGUCAGAUUUUACCGCCAGUUGCUAAUGUUUUACAAGGACAAACUUUACCAUCAUUUAAUCAUUUAGUAUCUCCAUACGGUGGACAGAAUAGUACCAAUGGUCAAAUGUUUUUACCAACCAGUGUCUCAACAAGUCCAGUCACAACAACAGUUAUGACAACUAUGUCAAAUCAAUCACAUUUGAUAAACAUAUACGGUGAUCACAAAGUUAUAAAUCCAGAUAAAUCAGUAUUCCAGGAUCCAUUAGUGGUUCAGUGCUGUAGUGAAGUAACCAUAACAACACCUACAGUAACAACAACAGUUAGUCAAAGUGAUGUAACGCCAGUCACACUGCAGAUAUCUCCAUCUGUAUCAAAUGUUUCCAGACACAGGUCAAAACUACUGGAAGACUCAAGAACAGUAGUUGUACCAUUUGGUUGGAGUCGUGUUGUAGUGGAUAACUCAAUUAUAUAUUACAGUCCUAGUAAUGUCCCAUUAAAGUCACCAAUGGAUAUAGCUAAAUACCUGACCACUGAAGGAACUUGCAAGUGUGGACUAGAAUGUCCAGUAUUGAUCAACAAAAUGUUUAAUUUUGAUGUAGGAAUUCUUUCUAGGAUGUGGACAUUAGAUAUAGACUGUCCUAAAGAUCUGACUAAACUUUGUAACCAUAAACGGAAAAUGUUGGCUAUGGCAGCAUAUCAUACAAACUACUCAAUAUCAUCAUCCCAGUUCUCAGAUACUGUGUCUGUUAAUUCUCUUAGUGGAAAUAUUCCAAGUACAACAGUUAGUAAAACUAAAACAGAUCAAAAGAAGAAAACCAAAAGUAAAAUAGUAAAACCAACUGUUCCUUAUGAUGGUGUGUUAGUUUCACAGCUGAUAGCAGAGAGAGACAAGAUUAAGAAGACAGACGCAGACAUUUCUGAUAUAGUAUAUAAUCCGCAUAAUAUGGCUGAAAGCAAAGUGCAUAGUGAAAUAUCAUAUAACACGAACACAAGCAUUCCAGAAAAACCUCAGUACAACCAUUUACAUAAAGUCACACAAGGAAACCAACCUUUAAGUUCAGUCGCAAAUAUUGGUCCUGUUACAAGUCAGUUAAAUGAAAACAUAACACAAAACUUGUUUGAAAAUAUUCAAAAGGCUACCACUUUAAGUAUUGAAGCACUUGAUAAUUAUAAUUCACAGACUAGAAUAUCAGAUAAUCUCGGGUCUGUUGUUACACCUCUCAGUGAGGCAAAUGUUGAGUUUUCUAACCAUAAAUCUGACAGUAUAUUAUCUCAAGAAACCGUGAUUGACAAAAAGCCUGAAGCAUUGUUAUCUGGAGAUGAGAAUGUAAAAUCAAAUAUUACGUUAAAAAUUUCUACAAAAGGUGAAAUUCCACAAAGUAUUCCUGUAGAUUCCACAGUAAUGGAUGUGACAGAAAAUAUAUCUGGUGACAAUGAAAUAUCAUCAAGUCUUGUAGAUAAUGUAAUAUCCCAGGAGAAAGAAACCAGAGAAGUGCUCCGUUCUGAACAUGUUGUUUUAUCUAAAUUAGAUAAAGAUACUUCAUGUAUAGAGGAAAAAAUGGAAAUUGAUGUAUCACUGAAUGAUGAGAUGUUGAAAAAUAAAGAUGAUGAAACCCAAAUGAAACCCAGUAGUUCUACCUGUAACAGUGUUUCUACUGCCAACCAAUCAAACAAAACCGUUGUACCCAAUAACCAAACUGACAAUUCUGUAUCUGAAAAACCAGCUACUGAUAUAGAAAAUAACCAUACUAUAUUGGAAAAUGAAAUGAAGUGUACAGUUAAUUCUACAUCAUCUGCUGAAACAAAAAAGAUAAUAGAUACCCUAGAAAUAACGGAUGAAAUUUCUGUAACUACAACUAGCAAAUCGUCAGCUAUCAUUAGUAAAAGUGAUUCAAAUACAUCUUCAAAUAGAGACUUAUCUAAUAAGUCAACUUCUCUGUCUUCAGUAAAGACAACUUGCAGUGUAAGUACCUUGUCAUCAGUUACUAGCAAUUCACAAACUACUUUGUCGACAUUAAAGGAAAGUAAUAACAUUGCUCAACCCUCAUCUUCCAUGGGCAUUAUAAAGAACACACAUGUAACAGCUACUGAAGCAUUGAUUAACACUGUGGCUUCAAAUACACAAACAACUAAUGUUACUAGUUCUGUUCAGCAAACUACUAAAACAGAGGGGAAACCUGAUUGUCGUGAUUUGAGAAUUUCUGUGCCUAGUACUAUUGUCACUUCAAUAUUAUCAAGUAUUAAUGCAGUUAAAGGGCAUGAAAUGGGAGAAAAGAAACAAAUUUCUCCACGAUCAACACAAAAACCAGCAUCAAAGCAGCAAAAAGGGGGCAGCACAAGUUAUGGAGGUACAACAUCAUCAAGAAAGUCACCUAAACCUCCAGCAUCAUACGAUGCCUUUUCAAUGUACCAGUUAAGAUAUCCAAUGCUGCAUGGAGCAUUUCCACCUGUUUCAAGUUCUCAAAUGAAUCCUUUUGGCUUAAACCCAUUUACAGGACAGCUUAUGACUCCUGGAAUGUUUAACUUCCCUCCUUAUCCAAUGAUGAAUGAGGCUUGGAUGGAUCCAAAAAUACCAAUAAAGAAGAAAUCUCCAAAAACCAACAAGAAGGAAAAGGUUAAAAAAAAAGUUAAUUGUGUGUAUGACAGUGACACACCACCUCCAAAUGUAGACGUAAGUCAGCUACAGGAUCAUGGGAAAGGUCCAAUUCCUAAAGUUUCAACAUCAGCAUCUUUCAUGGAUGAUCCAUCUGCAUUUUUGGCAGAACAGACAGUGCUUAUAAGUAGUUCAUUAACCUCCAAUUCAUCUAGCCCAGCAAAAAAGUUGAAGAAUCCCUCUAAGAAAGAGGAUAAGAAUGACACAGUUGAUGGGGAUGUUAUUGCCGCUAUUGUUUCGUCUAGUAAAGUGAGUAGCACUAAAACUGCAACUUCAGUAUCAGUUUCAACACCAUUUACAUUUAGUAGUGCAUCACAUGGUAUGGUUGUGACUAAUAGUACUAGCCUCUCAAAGGUUGGAUCUGCUUUCAAAAAUAAACAUUGGGGAUUACCAAUCCCGAUUUCAGAAUCUCAUUCCAUAUUAGAUUGUAAUGAAUCAGAUAUGUUCACAGAAGACCGAUGUGAGUCCUUGUCUCCAGAUUCAGGUAAUGAAGGCCUUUCUAUGAAUGAGACAAUAACUCCUAGCUCUGUUGUUCAUCAUACAGCCACAAUACUUUCUAAGGAGAAAAAAGUAGAAUCUCAUUCCGAUCAGAAUACGAUACAAAACAAUAAAAUAUUGGAUAUUUUGUCAAAUGCUAAGAAAGGUUUUCCACCUGUAGGUCAAUCUGUGAAAAAAAUUUCACCCAAAAAUAUUGUAACUAGCGUGACAUCAUCAUCUAUGACUCAGCCAGCUGUCAAAUCUUUUUCUAGUCGAAGUGCAAUACAACAGGUGCUGAGCAGUGCAAAAUCAAAUGAGUUUCCAGCAAGUUCAUUGCUGUCUGCAGCUGCUAGAGCUCAAAUGGCUCAACAAACAAUGAAUUUCCCAAUAAUUCCAUCAGUAACACAGACACAGUUACCGUAUGUGAGUCAAGUUAAGACAAGUAUUGCAAUGGGCAACAAUGUAUCACUUGUAUCGGCUGAUGGGACUACUUUCCUUGCUACACAAUCUAAAACAGGAAUGUUAAGUUCAGCAAAACUACAGGGAAGUAAUACAAAGAGUGACAUUGUUUCUGGACAUGAAUCUGUCGCCAAAUUGUUGAGACAGCCAAUUAACCUGAAUAGAAAUACUCUAAAAGGCAUCGAUUCUAUCAUUAGUAAACCUCAAACUUCAGAAAAGUCAUUGAACAGUUCCGUAUUAGCAACAACAGUAUUAAAUGUGAAUUCCAAAACAGUUGAGCCUGUCCCAGGGGUUUCAGUAAACUCUGUAACUAUUCCUAAUUCUUUACCAUCAAAUAUACCAAGUAGUUUACCCCAUAUAUUGCCAAAUUUAUCUGGAUUACCGCAGAAUUUAGGACAACCACUGAUGAAUAUUAUUGGCAAUAACUUGGGAAUGAAUUUACUUCCAAAUGGACAAGUCAUACUGCCAGAGCAGAAUAGCAUAACCAUCCCACAAAACAAUGUUCAGUGUAUUCCACUUCAAAAUGACCAUCAGACACAUGCAUUUGUAAAUAUGGAUAAUACAAGUCAAGCAAUACAUGGAAUUAUGACAGGAGCAAAUACAAUGGUAGGUGUAUCUAACAAGAAUGCAACACAGGUGUUGCCUCCUGAAUCUCAACCUAAUUUGGUAAAACCUACUGAAAUGCCAAAUAUCACAAAAAUGUCUGUCAAUUAUGGUGACCAGUUGCUACAGCAACAGACUAUACAAUCAACCAAUGGACAAAUGGUUCUUAUGCCAAAUUUGCAUAUGCCAUUGAUGCAGUAUCUGGGACCGAAUUCAAUGCCAGUGAAUAUGAAUAUGGAUAAAAAUGCAAUUCCUCAGUUAUGUAAUAUGCCAGACUUACAAAUGCUGAAUGGACAAGUGCAGAUUGGGUUAUCCCAAGUGGGAGCACCUUUAAACGUGAUGAAUGUUCAACAACAAGUAUGGAACAAUUUAAAUACAGGAAAUUUGACAGCCAUGCAAAUACAAACAUUACAAUUACAACAACAGUUACUCCAACAAAUUCAACAGCUUCAAGAUAUGCAGUCAUUGAUUAGUCAGUUUAGUCUCCAAGGAAACAGCUUACCUGUGACAACUAGUGCCAGUAGUAACAUUUCCAUGACAACAAAGGAAAACCCCAUUACAGGGAAAGAUACUCCUGAAACAAUGGUAUCCAUUGUGUCGACUACAUGUCAGGAAAGUCCAGGAAAUGAUGAAGACGGAUCUGGCAAUUCAGAAGAUAAAGGAACUUGUACAGAUUUUGAUGAGGGCGACGAUGACUCCAACUAUGUGAACACUAUCGAGGAUGACAGGGAGGAGUAUAGUGGAGAUGUUGCUGAUACAACAUGUGGUCAAUCAUCACCCAUGGAAAGAGAUGAUGAUGAGGAGGAUAUUCAGGUAGAAAAUUCAUAUGAUACUAAUACCUCGGAAAUCGAAACUGACAGUGAAAACUCUGGUGCUUUUCAUGGUCUAAAAAAUACGUUAAGUGGUGCUAGUAGUAAUUGUAGCACUGGGGAUAAUGUGACAGAAAAUGUCAGUAUGUGCCAUACAAACUAUUCAAGUGAACCGGUGAAUCUUGUUUCUAUUAAAAAACAAGAUAGUUUAUGUGUGAAUGUAUGUACUAGUAGUAGUGGUGCAGUAGAUUCAUCUGUCAUGUCAUCUAAAAGCCAAUCAAAAUCUAGAACUUCAACACAAGCUUCAAUAAAGAAGUACAGUUCUGAACAACCUAUGUAUUCAACAGAGACAUUAGAUGUAUCUGUGCCUUCGUGUGUUUCUUCAAUAUCAAACUCUCCAGUGAAUCUGUCAUGUCAGACCCGAAACAUGGGGAAGGAUGCUGAUCAGAAUGUCAUACAACCCAGUGAAAAUGAAGCCAUUAAUAUGUCACAGAAAAGGAGUUUGGAGGAGGAAGAAAUUGAUGUAACAGAUGAUACUUUUGAGACUGUGAUUCCAGUUAAAGGUGACUUUACUAUUGGAGAUUUGGUUUGGGGACAGAUCCGUGGGUUUCCGUCUUGGCCAGGAAAGGUUGUACAUGAGUCUGAAGUUUAUGAAGCAGAGGAAUUAGAACCAGGAAAGUGUUGGGUAAAAUGGUUUGGUGAUCAUACUUUCACUCAAGUAGAAAUGUCAAAACUGAAAACUUUAACCGAAGGACUAGAAGGACAUCAAAAAUCAAAGAAAAAGAACAAAAAAGGCAGAAAAAUGAAUUCUAACCUAGAAGCAGCUAUACAUGAGGCUUUAAUAGAAUUAGAUAGACAGACCACUUUACAUAUGGAAAUGAAAAUAAAACCAAAAGGAAAGACUAUCAAGAAAAAGAAGGUUAAAUAAAACCAAAAGAAAAGACUAUCAAGAGAAGAAGGUUAAAUAAAACCAAAAGAAAAGACGAUCAAGAGAAGAAGGUUAAAUAAAGACAGAAGCAGAUCGUAUCAUAGGAUUGAUUACACAGAACAGAACGUACACAUCAUCUUUCAUUAUUGUUAAGUCAUCUGAGAAAUUGAAUUAUGAUUUUGAACAAAUUGGGUACCAGGUAUAUAGUUUUACUACAAUUGUGAUUCUGUGUCUUAAGUUGAGUGAUAUGUGAUUUGAAAUGAGUUGGUACAUGUGGUGAUUGACAGAAGAGCACAGGUGUCAACUCUUCAGGUGUAAGACAAAUGAAAGAGCUAGUUUUAUCAUCAAUUCAGUAAAUUUUAAAAACCUUUAACAGGAGGUGAAAUAUUCCACUGUUAGAGAGAUGAAAAUCUCCCAAUUUCUUCCAGUUACAUGACUUAUUUUAUACCAGGUUAACAACAUACUUAAAGACAGAUUUACUUUUUGACUGAGCAGUUAUUUUUAGGAAAAAGACAGCACUUAAGUUAAUUUUAGGAUUAAAAUAGAAAGGAGAAUAAAGGACUUUCAGUUUAGCAUUACUUACUUACUUAGUGCUUGCUAUGCCUUAUGGCACAUAGGGCAAGGACUAGUUUCCUCCACUUUUCUCAGUUGUUUGUUUUUCUCUCCACUGUGCCCACAUUUAGUUUAGCAUAAAAAUUAUAAUCUUGCUUGUUGCUGUCCAAUAUUCUUUCAAACUAAAGCAUAUAAAAGAUAAAUGGCAAAAAUGUUAGGUAAUAUUAUUGUUUAAAGACAGAUGUAUAUGAUUUUGAAUAUGAACUCAACAUACAAGUACUCUUUUUAGUAUAUAUUGUUGUACAGAAAUAUUUCUAACAGUAAAGUGUUUUAUAUAUCAGGUCUCCUUUUAACAGUGCUUUUAUGAUAUGUUGCAUUUAUUGUCAUGCAUUUUUUUGUUUACAUUGUUUUGUUUGUUUCACAUGUUAGUGCUUAACCUAUGACAUUGUUGUGUUUAUAUUAUGUUCUAUUUUUGAACAUCUUUCAUAGAUUGUAUAAUUAACCAUAUUUCUACUGUGUACUUUUUGAAAUAUAAAUCUCAUAAUCUAUAUACAUUUUGAAUUUGUUAGAUGUAUUUUUGUUCAUAUAUAAUAUAAAAGUGAAUUCUAUGAAUUUAUGAUACUUUAUAAUGAGUCUUCAUGUUUGCAUUUUAGAUAAUAUACACAUUUUGUUAUUAAAACAUAAACAGAUUUGAACUCAAGCAGAAAUGUAUAGUGCUGUUUUAUCAAUGGUGUAAAGUGAAGUCACAAAUACCAUUACAAAGAAAAGCUGUUGAGUCCAGUUUUUGAAUAUGACCACAUUUUGCUUGUUUAUUUUAAAAUUAUAAUAUAAACAACUUUUAUUAUUUUGUAUUGAUUUAGAAUAAAAUUGAUAUUACGCAUUGAUGUGAAAACAUAGAUUAAACACAUGCAUGGAAUCAAUGUCUGGAUACAAAUUAUGCAACAUACCAAUUUUUUACCAAAAUCUCAGCAAUUUGGGUUAAAUGGUUUACACAAACAAAAAAACAGUUCGCAAACAUUGAUGAGGCCCUUAAAAUAGAAUUUUCAACUGAAAAUGGCUGAAAUAUUGUCAAUAUUAUUUUAAACUUCAUUCCUGGUUCUGUACAUAGAGUGUUAUAAAUUUUAAAAUAGAUAUAUUGAAGUAUAAAACUCUCAUACAAGAAAGAGUUUAUGAAGGCAUCAUUUACAGUAAAUAAAUAUAUUUUAUUUUUAUUGACUACAACUAUCAUCAAUUGUAAGUGUACAAAAGGUAUAUACAUAUUUUUUUAUUCAUUUCUCAUUAUAUACAAUGCCAUGUUUGUUAUUUACUGUUUGUUAUAUAGCUUUUUAUUUGUGUUACUUGUGUAUGUAUUCAUUAUGAUAGACAAAACAUUGUGAAAUAACCAAAUAUUUUCUCCUGAAUUGCUGUCCUGAUUUUUAUGCAUUUAAAAAUCAUUAUGAAUAUAAUUGGCAAGGUUUUUUUCACAAAUGUCUGAUCAUACUUUUAAAAAAGUUAAAGGAUACUAAAAUAUACAUGCCUCACUCUGGCAUUCCUUACUUGUGUUACCUUUUCCAAAACUUUUAUUUUAGAGGAAUAAUAAAUAUUUUACUUCAUGAAAGACUGUCGAUUUUUAAAUGUGAAAAAAAGGGAAAUAUUUUAUAUACAAAGAAAUUUUUGGCUUGGAGAAAAUGCUUUUUACAAACAGAUGCUUUGUUUUUCAUCAAAAUUAAACAUAUUUUAUAUGACUCAUAGGAUACACAUAUAAGUACAAUGUAUUUAUAAAAGUCCAUAUUUUUUUUUAUACAUUUGAAAUCAUUAAAAAAUGUAAUUUUUACAACAAAUGUUUCGCUUAGUGUAUAAAAAUUUACGUGAAUUUUGUAGAAACCAUUAUUGAUAGUGCUUAAGUAUUUUAUGAAUUGAUGCUCUUGUUUGUUAAGUUUCAGAAUAUUUACAUUUUGUGUUACUAAUGUCUUCCUUCUUGUUAUACAGUCUUCAACGGGGUAGAUUCCUUAAGUUAGGUUAAGGUGGCUCGGGGCCUCUUCAAAGUUUCUAUCAGAAGUGCCGUAUUUUUUGUUAUUUUAUUCUUUACAGAAAUUGAAUCAAAUUGGUCGGGAAAAAAUAUGGGGUCACAAACCGAUUAAGCUCAACAUUUUACUUUUAAACAGGUAUGUAAAAGGGACCAUUUUUCAAUGAAAUGAUAGGGAAAAUAGAGGUGUUGACAUAUUUUUAUCAGAUUAUCAAAAAAAACGUUCUAUGACACUUGGUCCAAAACUGUAAUAUAAAAAGCUGAAAUAUAGCUUCAAAGAAUGAGCAAAUAAAAAAAAUAGGUCACAGAUAAGGAAAAAAUAUAUUUUGGCUUAAAACCCAAAUUUUGGCAGGAAAAUGGGUGAAAUGACAUUUUAACCCUUUAUCAAAUACGGAUUAUUACGAAAAUAUUCUAUUAUUCAAAUAACUACAAUGAUUUAACAUUUCUAAUCAAUCAAAAUAUUUUUAAAAAAUAUAUCGAAUUUACGACAAAUACUUUUGUAAUUCAUGCUGCACCUUAACAAGAAUUUGAGUUUAUGUUCAGGUAUGAAAUUAGUGCUCUUUUUAACAAAUAUAUACUAGGGUUCCAAGGAUGAGACAACAAACAUAUAUUUAACAUUCGAUGUAUCACAAUAUUUUCUCCAUUUUGUUCAUUUUAAAGCAUUUCUUCUAUGCUUUUAAAUACUGAUUUCCUUUAGAAGGGUUGUAUAUUUUUUUUAAAUAUGCUAAACAUGCAUAUUAUUAAUAUUCGGUUUUAAAAGGUAUUUUAUGUUUCAGGAGAUGGGAAAAAAAUUCAAACAGUUUCAUUAGAAAGGCAUACCUAUUCAGCUCUUUUUGAGGGUUAGUUAAAAAUAAUUUCUCUCCUUACAUGAAAACAACAGUACACUCAUACCUGAAAGUUUUAGUUGAGUUAUUUAAUACUAAGGUGAUUUUAUUAGAACUAUGUCAUUUACAUAAUUUUUCCCUGUUGUACAAAUACAGAUUUAAUUUUUUUUUUGGAUCUGACACAUAUUUUCCACUUUGCUAUAUCAGGGGAGAUAACUCAGAUUGUGUAACUUUUAUAAAGGAAUGUUAAAUUCACUUUUUGUUCUGUAGCAAGAAAAUGAGUCCUGUAACCCCUAUUUUUAUUUUAUUUUUGAAAGCACAUUACCUUUUCAUAUUCUAUCUUAUAGUUCUGUCAUUAGGUUUUCUUUCUAUCUCCCAAAAUAGGGUUUACAUAUGUAUGAUCUGUAAAAAUCUGAUAAUUUUGCACAACUGGUAGCUUGAAGAAAAGCCCUGUAACCCAUUCUUUUUGUAUUAUAUUUGUUUUUAAAAGCAUGAUAUAAACUACUUUUUUGCAAAUUAUAAAAAUUCUAUUGAUUUUAAAUUUAGACCCGAUUUACCUUAAAGGAGAUUUCAAUGUUGAAGAAGAAAGCAUUAUUUUAAUAAUUAAAUUCUUAAAAAAACAGAUAUAAACUGCAAAGUUUCGAUACAUAUAUUUAUUUGAAUGUAUGAAAGACAUAGAGGAUGGAGUCAAUAUUAUAGAAAUGUUGGUCAUAUAUAGAUGAGCACUGUGUUAUAUUAUUAUUAAAUACUUCUAUUUUUUUGGUGCCUAUUUACUUUUCUUCAGUGUGAAGAUAUAUUUUCAAGAUAAUGUUGUUUUACUAUAACAUAAUACCUAUAUAUGUUGUGAUGGUAGAGAAACUACCUAAUUUUCAUUUCUAUUAUCUCAAAAGUUGGGAUAAAUAUUUUAUAAAGUUUUAUUUUAAAAUAGAAAUUUCAGUGAAAAAUUAUUACCAAGAAGGCUCUUGUAAUAGCUUUCAGUUUCCCCCACUUCUUUAACGUUCAUUAAAUGAGAAUUUUUGAUAUGUUAGAAAAUACAAAUUGUUAUAUAUUUUAUUGUUACUCAUCAUGUAUAUAUAAUUCAAAUUAUGCACCAUAUUAAGAUAUAUAUCUAUAUACUUUAUGUUAUUUUGUGUAAAUAACUAAACCGGUAUCUAAAGCUUUGUGUAACACCACAAUUGGUCAAAGGAUAUUUGAUAACAUGUUUAAAAAUUAUGGGAAUCUUUUGUUCUACAAAACAUUUCUAAAUCUAAUAUUUAUCAAAUCAUGUGAUGUUUUAAGAGGUGAAGGUCAACGAUCUUUAGGAAGUAUGACAAAUUUCUUGCAACAUGUCUUAGUGAUGCAUUGGUUACAGGUCUUAUUUAGAGAAAAACAAAAAUCUCCACUAUAAAUGCAAUUUGAAAAGUAAGUGUGGUUAAUUGUUUAUCAUAUACCCCAUUAGCCUUUGAAGUUUUACAUCAAUGAAAUGAUAUGAUUUCUGAUUUGGAAAGAUCAUAUAUUAGACAUUGAUAAAUGGUAUGCUGCAUAUUUUAAUUUACUGGUAUGUAACAUACAGUACAAAAGUCCUUGAUUCCUUACUAUACAGAUGUUUUCUGAAUACAAAAGUGAAGCACAUCUGAAAAAUUGUAAACAUUUGAAUUUUGCAAGUUACCGGUAUUGUAAAAGCAUCUGGAUAUGGAGAAUGAUUUACAUUUUUUCUUGAUUAAUUACUAAGUGAUAUCCAUUCCCAAAUACACCAGCAAUCAUUAUUUUGCAGCAAAUAUGCAUGGCAUACUGAUUUUGGUUUUAUUCCCUAUAAAAAAAGAAUAUAAAGGUAGAUGAGGGAAAAAAAUCUGUUUUUGUUGCAAUUUAUGGUACUGGAUAUGAAUGAAAUAGCCUUUGACCAAUAGCUGUCAUUAAUUGUUAUGUUUGUUAUAAAAACUGCAGUACUUAAGAAGUACAGUGUACAUAUUUAAUAUAUGCAGUGCUAAUUUAUUGUUAGACUAUUAAUUGGUGAAGAUGUGAAAAUCACUCAUAAAGACACUCAUGCUGUA